UUCCCCGCGGCGGCAUCUCGUCGACAUCCCAACGCGACAUAAAAAGACGGCGCAGAGCACGCUUUCCGGACGACGUGACGGCGGGAGGAUCCUGCGUUUGGCGGAAAUGGAGCGCCAAUGGCACUGAACCGACGGGAGGGUCCAGGUCAGCCGCAGCAAUUUGAGGACGUCAAAAAGACACGAGCAGAAAAGCAAAAGCCAGGCCCCGUUCUCAUCACGAAAAUGGCCCCUUUCGGUCCCGCUCGACUGACGCCGCUGCGUUCCCUCAUCCUGCUGCUGCUCGUGCGCGCGCCGGGCUCGGCCGAGGCCGCCAUCCGAGGACGCCCGGGAGAAAAAGAGGCCACGUGCCCGUCCGUGUGCAGAUGCGACGAAGACUUCAUCUACUGUAAUGAUCGCGGCCUGAGCUCCAUCCCCUCACUGCCUGCUUCCGCCUCCGUCCUCUACCUUCAAAACAACCAGAUCAACAACCCGGGCCUCCCCACUUCCUUGGAACGCCAGCUCACCGUGCACGUAGUCUACCUGUACGACAACGAACUGGACGAAUUCCCCGUGCACUUGCCCCCGUCCGUCCGGGAGUUGCACUUGCAAGACAAUAACAUCCGCACCGUUCCCCGCAGCGCUCUGGCCCGGAUGCCCCUGCUGGAGAAGCUCCACUUGGACGACAACUCCAUUUCCACCGUCAGCAUUGAGGACCAGGCCUUCGCGGACAACCCGCGAUUGCGCCUCCUUUUCCUCUCCCGCAAUCACCUGUCCAGCAUCCCUUCCGGAUUGCCCGCAUCUCUGGAAGAACUGCGUCUGGACGACAACCGCAUUUCCACCAUCCCUACGCACGCCUUCCGUGGCCUGGCUUCGCUGAGGUGCCUCGUUUUGGACGGCAAUCUGCUGGCGAAUCAGCGCAUCGCCGACGACACCUUCUCACGUCUGUCCAACUUGACCGAGUUGUCCUUAGUGCGUAACUCCCUUCAGACUCCGCCCGUCAACCUUCCCAGCGCCCACCUGCAGCGUCUCUCGCUGCAGGAGAACGCCCUGAUUCACGUGCCCCGAGGUUCUUUGGACGGCAUGCGCGGGCUGCAAAGGCUGGACCUCUCCGGAAACAAUCUGACCACCCUGCCGCGGGGACUCUUCCGAGACCUGGACAACUUGGGCCAGCUGCUGGUGCGGGGUAAUCCUUGGCACUGCGGCUGCAACCUGCGGUGGCUGUACGACUGGUUGCACGCUCGUGGGAACUCCAUCACGGUGAGAGGUCUCACCUGCCAGGGGCCCGAAAGGGUGCGGGAAAUGGCCUUGAAAGACCUCACCGCCGAGAUGGAGGAGUGCGAAGCGGCGAGGGCAGCCGGGACGAAAGACAGAGCGAGUCUCGGCGCCGUCGACGGCUCCACCACCGACGCGCCUCCCCAAGGUUCCCUCUUCACCCUCCGCUCGAAGCGACCCGGUCUGGGGCUUCCCGACUCCGGCUUGGACUACACUCUCAGCAGCAGCGGCGUCGGCAAGAGUCUGGCGCUCAACGUGAAGCCUCUCUCUCAAAGUAGCGUCCGCGUCACCUGGAGCGUGGCGCGGCCCACGUCUUCCUUCAGGCUCAGUUGGCUGCGACUGGGCGUGGGAAAUGCCAUGGGCUCGAUCACCGAGACGCUGGUCAGGGGCGAUCGUCGGGAGUACCUGCUCACCUCCCUGCAGCCCCGCUCGAGCUACGUCAUCUGCAUGGCGUCCAUGCCCGCCAGCUCAGAGAAUCGAGGGGGGGGUUCCGGAGAAGCCGACUCCGACGAAGCUCUGGUGUGCGCCAAGGCGGAAACCGCCGACCGUGGCCCGCCGGAGGAAGACCCAGAGAACAGUUCGCCGCCCGUGACGCUGCUGCCCCUGACGGGGAUUAUCGGCGGGGCAACCGCAGUCGUGUCCCUGGCCCUUCUUUUUGCCAUCUUCUGCUGGUACGGGCACAGGAGCGGGCACUGGUGUUCCCGAGACCAUUACACUCGCAACAGCUCUCGCAAAAGCAAGCAUUACGACGACUACAUCGAGUCGGGCACCAAGAAGGACAACAGCAUAUUGGAGAUCCGGGGCCCGGGGUUGCAGAUGACGCCCAUGUCGGCCUGCCAGCCCGUACAGCCCGUACAGCCCAAACCCUUACAAGAGGAUUACAUCAUCCAUACCAUAUUCCCGUCCAACGGCACCGGCCUGUACAAAAGCGCCAAUCACAUGUCUAACGUGAGGCAAAGCACCAACAGGGGCUACAGAGAAGGGGGAAUCCCCGACAUAGAUUACUGUUACACAUGAUGGAUUGGACCAGAGCCCAGAUCCUCACCGCAGAAUCAUUUGGAAACUGCAUCAGAUGCACAAUAUUGCCCCGCGCGGACACAUCGGAAGCACCCUUCUGUGCCUUUGACUUCUGCUGUCCCGUAUUCCAUCAGACCUGUGCUUUUCUGCACCGGGAACACAGUCUAGGAUUGAAACCCAUUCACCGGACGGGACCGUUUCUCGACAUCUGCGACGUGUAAGCAAAGAAUGUAUCCACUGUGGAAGGAUCGGGCGUUCCUUCUCAAACGGGAGACGCCGCCCGAAAUGGAAAUCGGGACGGACUGACGCUCAUCUUGCCGCUCUCCGGUUACAGUUGAGCAUUUUCUCCAGCGCUCGUCGCAAACGACCCUGCCGGCCGUCGAGGGGCAAGGGCUUCGGAAAGCUGUGAUUUGGUGGAAAUCCCACCCCACCCCAAAAAAAAAAAAAAAAAAAAUCAAACAACCACAUGUCUUAAAGCGCAGCUCAUCGUGCCCCCUUCUUGUUUUUGAGCAAAUAGGCCUCGGUCGUACCUCGCUCGGAUCGCCGGCGUUCAAGCGUGGCCGCGUUGCGACGUGAGCGUGGAGAUCAUUUUCAGUUGCUUUCAAGCCCGUCGUUUGGAAACGUGUUCUUUGUUUUGGAAGCCUUGAUUGGUAGAUAUCGCAUCAUCCCGCACACCUUUUUAUUGAUCUUGUUUCGUAUCUUUGUGUCUACACUGAAAUGCUCUUUCAGAUCGCUCACCCUCAUAAUUUAUGGAAGCCACUCUUGAGGCGUUGACUCGUUUCAUCUCGACAGAGUUUCAUUUGAAAGAAAGAAAGCGGCAACUUCAAUUUGGCAUCUGCCGGCCAGACACGAUGGCAAAACGUAUCGGGAGACAAAUCCUCACGAGGAUGACAAAUUCCGCGCGACCUUCGGCCUACGCGACGGGCUGGCCGAGCCGGGAGCGAGCGAGUAGGUGGACUCGGGGGAGUCAAUCAAAGACCGUAGGCUGAUGAAAAAGGUUUCUUGUUGUUUGUUUUGGGGGUAGUAAAAAGACUCAUUCUGACGUCUUUAUUACCGAGUGGCGCUGAAAAUUGCAUUAGCACUUAGCGGAGAAGAGGAAUAUAAAUGUAACGAGGGACACGGCGCCGGCUAAAGUGACAUCUCCGCAGCGUCAAUUGAUGGCUUCGUCACGGCGAAGCUCGUUAAUGUGUCGGGCAUACGUCAGAACCUGCCAAUUGGGCCUCGGGCUCGACGCUUCCAAAAGGGGCGACUGGAUUGGCGCGUCCGGCUGAGUUCUAAAAGCCGUCUCUGGCAAUUUAAGUCAUUUUUCCCGGCUCCCGCAAAGUCCCAGGCCUGGAGAAUGUUGAAAUCGCGCGAUUGCUAUUUUUGCGGCCAUCGUAAAAUACAGACGCGCAUUGUAUUUAAGUCAUUGUUUCACAGCGGUGCCGUUGAUUAUGUCUCAAGUGAUUUGCGGGCUAAGGAAGAAGAACAUUUGGUGGCAUUCGGCAACACGACAUCGGAAACGUCGAAACGGGUCGAGAGGGAUUCGAUCUUACUAUUGCGACAGUCGUUUGAAGAAAGAAAGAAAGAAAGAAAGAAAGAAAGAAAGAAAGAAAAGGGGAGAAACAUACAAAUAAAAACGCGAGUUCAUUGAAGCCUGUCGGUUGUAGAAACGUCGGUUUGUAGAAACCAACUCAUCCCCCCCCCCCCGUUCGGAACCCACAGAAAGUAAAGGCUGCCGUACAUUUCCAUAAAAUGUAUAUGUGAAGUAGAACAUUUGAAUUUGU